AUGCCGGCGCUAGAACAGCCGGGCGGUGAAGUAAGAGUUCACUACCGAUUUAUCAUGCCAUGCCCAUCUGAGCAACCCUGGAUUGCUGAAACGGGUACUUGCGGUGGCAACGCGUGGUUGCAUCGGCCGAAAAUCGACUGGUCUGAUUGUAACUCCAAAUUACCCCUAAUUCGUUACGUCUGUUUUCCACGGGAGAAGUGCGAAGGUGAUGAAGUUCGUUCACCUUCCAAUGACCACGGCGACCUGGACUGGCUCUACAUUGGGCCCACAGUGCAGAGGAUCGGCGGUAAAAAUCGUACAGAGAUCAAGUGUGAAUAUGAAGAUAUGGAUUUACUCAACCCGUGGGGACUUAUUCCAAUCGACAUGGAUGGUGAGUUACUGAUACUUAUGUGA